AUGGCGGGCUCGGACGGCUUCAGCGCGGGAAUGUGCGCAGAUGGCGCGUACUUGCUUGCGCGGGACGUCGGACCCGGAGAAAGAGACCCGGUUGCUCUGCUGCCCGCGGGGCCCGAGGACGCGUCCUACCUGUCAUCAUGGACCUCCGGAACAGCAGACAGCUGGGGCCACCUACCUGUUGCCCCCAGGGGCCGCGUCACGGACGGAGUGGCCGACAGCAGCGGCCGAGCGGUGGAGACCAACAGCUUCUCCUCAUCCGGGUUCCGUCCCGGGUCUUCCCCCGUCAACCACGCCACACCUGCUAGGCCAGAACCAGAACCGAGUUGUCAGGCGAAGACUGACGGCUGUUCACACACGAAACUGAGAGGCGGCUCGGCCGCGGACAAGACUGAGAGCUGGUUGAGCGCCCGAAGCCACCGCCAGAAGCGCCGUCCCUACACGAAGCAGCAGACCCUGGAGCUGGAGAAGGAAUUCUUGUUCAACAUGUAUCUGUCUCGGGAGCGCCGCCUGGAGAUCAGCCGGAGUAUCAACCUGACCGACAGACAAGUCAAGAUCUGGUUCCAGAAUCGUCGCAUGAAGCUGAAGAAGCUGAGCAGGGAGAGUCGAAGCGGCGUCCACAACUAG